AUGAUUUUUAUAAGAUAUCAUUCAUUUAAAUUUAAUUUAAAAAAUGAUUACUCAACUGAUCGAUACCAUUUUGAUGAGAAUAUCAAAGACAGUAAUCUAAAGAGACUUAUCUUAGCAUAUGGUUCUUGCCGACCAACAAUUCAAUUUCCAUAUACUGAACAUGAAAACGGCAAAUCAUAUCGUUUUUCUAAACACUAUUAUUUUAUGAAAUUGAAAUCUGGAUUAAAUGUCCCAAGGAAAUGGCUGUGUUAUUCAGUAGGUUUAGAUGUAGUGUAUUGUGAGACAUGUUGGCUAUUUGCGAAACGUGGUUAUUCAUAUUUUAAUCCAUCCUGGGUUAAUGGAGUUAAUAACUGGCAUUGUCUCUCAGCUAAGAUAGAUUUACAUGAAAAAUCAAUACAACAUAUUGAUGCUAUUAAAGUACGUUGUAUUUGGGAAAAAAAUGAGACUAUUGAUAAAUUAACUGAGCAACAAUACUCAAAUGAAGCAGCUUAUUGGAGAAUGAUGCUGCUAAAAGUUCAAAACAAGUUACAUCUUUUUAUGAAACUGUGCAAAGCAUAUUUAAUUUUUUUAGUUCAAGUGCUCCACGAUGGUCAAUUUUAGCUUUUGGCGAAGCUGAUGCCAAAAAAAUAAAAGCUAAAGUUCUGAAAAAGUUAUGUGUGACAAGAUGGGAAGCACGACAUGAAUCGAUUUAUUCAUUAAAAGUCAGAUUUAUUGAUGUACUGGAAGCUUUAACAAAUAUAUCCUUAACAAGUUCUAAAA